AUGGUCGGAAGAUCUUUACAGCCAGACAAGGACCCGUUUAGGCCAAAGGAAGAGGGGGAGGAUACUCUGGGACCAGAGGUUCCUUACCCGAGUGCAUUUGGAGCACUCAUGUACCUCGCAAAUUGUACACGGCCAGACAUUGCGUUCGCCGUCAGUUUGCUUGCUCGGUACAGUUCUGAACCUACCAAAAGACAUUGGAAAGGUGUCAAGGACGUCUUCCGUUACCUGCAAGGGACCAAAGAUCUUGGUCUAUUUUAUAAGAGGAAUCAAGACCUAUCUAUUAUAGGCUAUGCCGAUGCUGGGUACCUGUCGGACCCGCAUGAUUGCAAAUCGCAGACUGGCUAUGUUUUCCUUUGUGGUGGAACUGCGUUUUCCUGGAAAUCGUCCAAGCAAACACUUGUGUCGACUUCCACGAACCACUCGGAAAUCAUGGCACUAUUCGAAGCGUCAAAAGAGUGUGUAUCGCUUCGGCGGAUGAUCGGCCACAUUCAGCAGACAUGUGGGCUGAACACCGUACAAACCCCUACCAUUAUCUAUGAAGAUAAUGCUGCUUGUGUUGCACAAGUCCAGAUGGGUUAUGUGAAGAGUAACCUCACAAAGCAUAUUAGUCCCAAGUUCUUCUAUGCACAUGAGCUGCAACAGUUGAACGAGUAUCUCACCCCCAAUGUUUACUUGCCCUCGCCGGCCGGGUACUGCGACCUCCAUUGA